AUGUGCAAACAGACCUCUAAAAACAAAGAGGAAAAAAAAGACAAAACAUACAACAGCUGGUGUUCGCUGAUGGUCACCCACUCAACUACUAAUCUGCCUCUCAUUGGCUUGACUCUGGGAGAGCGGACGGGAUCCCGUAUAUUCCAAUGGAUAUGGUCGUAUGUGAUAGUGUUAGCCACCAGAAGCACCUAUAUCAUAAUAACCACAACCACCUUAUAA